UGGUACCAAACAUUUCGAAUAAAGAUGGCACUGAGUAAAGAAGCAGUUAAGAAUAAAAUUAUCAUAUUGCUAAUAAAAUAAAGAUUGUAAAUAAAGUGAAAAGAUACCAGUUGUAAUUGCAAUCGCUGUAGUUUUGUGAGUGAUUUUUACGGAUAUACAGUGUCAUAGUGAAUGGAUUACUCGAUUACUAAGAGUAUAACACAAAACAAUACUUGUCACAAUUAGAAGGUCCACUACAUGGUACUGAAAUUCUAACCUAAAGGUUGACCAUGCAAAGCAAUCAAAAAGAUCACUGACAAACCACAUAUAAUCAAAGAUGAAAUCGUAACAGAAAUAACGGAAUAAUACGGACGAAAUAGUGCAAGAUGGAUCCACCCCUAACAAGCAAAGUUCUACGCGCUCCUAAUCUUAAACGUGGUCAAGAAAACAUCAGAAUACAUAAUAGGAUCAAAUUAGAACGUGUGUUAGGUGUGACCGUAUCAAGUAACGCUGCAUUGGAUUGUGACACAACAAGUGAAAUAGUCGCUUAUCCUGCAGGAUGCACAGUAGUUUUGUUCAAUCCGCGAAAAAACACACAGACACAUGUGUUAAAUAGUUGCAAAAAAACUGUAACUUCACUGGCGCUUGCUGGAGAUGGCCGUCUUUUGGUUACUGGCGAGUGCGGACAUAUGCCCAAUGUGCGAGUUUGGGAUAUUUCAGAUCAGCAAAAUGCCAUUCAGAUUGCGGAGUUUUCCAGCCAUAAAUAUGGAAUUAAUUGUGUUGCUUUCUCGCCAAGCAAUAAAUAUGUGGUUUCUAUUGGAUCACAACAUGAUAUGAUUGUGAACGUCUGGGACUGGCGAAAUAAUGUAAAGGUUGCAUCAAACAAAGUGUCAAGCAAGGUGAAGGCUGUAUCGUUUGCUGAAAAUGGCAGUUAUUUUGUCACUGUUGGUAAUCGGCAUGUAAAAUUUUGGUAUCUUGAAUAUACUCGAAGUGCCAAGUAUAAGGAACCAGUGCCUCUAAUGGGCCGAUCUGCCAUAUUAGGUGAACAACGAAAUAAUGAUUUUGUAGAUGUAACUUGUGGCCGUGGAGAGAUGGCUGAUUCUACUUAUGCUAUUACAAAAACUGGCUUACUCUGCGAAUUUAAUAAUCGAAGGCUCCUUGAUAAGUGGGUUGAGUUGAGGACAAGCAGCGCGAAUUGUAUGGCUGUAGGUGAAAAAUUCAUUUUUAUAGGAUGUGCCGAGGGAAUUGUCAGAUGUUUUAGUCCAGUAACUCUUCAAUUUAUUACGACUUUACCUAGAACUCACUAUUUAGGUGUAGAUGUAGCUUGCGGAUUGUCAAUAAGUCAUAUGUCUCAACAUCCAACAAAUGCUAGAUAUCCAGAUGCAGUUGCUUUGGCUUUUGAUGAAUUGAAUAACAAACUCACAUGCGUUUAUAAUGAUCAUAGCAUUUAUGUUUGGGAUAUACGAGAUAUAAAACGUGUUGGAAAAUCGCAUUCUUUUCUUUAUCAUUCUGCGUGUAUAUGGGGUGUUGAAAUGUAUCCAACUGAUAGUGAAUCAAUUAACGACAUGCCGUCGAAUAGUUUUAUAACAUGUUCAAGUGAUGAUACGAUUCGAGUAUGGAAUUUAAAAAAAGAUUUUUCGUCUAAUCAAAAAAUUUAUAACCGCAAUAUUUAUAGUAAUGAAUUAUUAAAAGUGUUAUAUGUUGAUCCUGAGUUAACAUAUCUAAAAGAUUUAGAUUUAGCUGCUGCAGGAUCAACAGAAAAAAGUGAUACCUCGUAUGAUGGUCGUAAUGGUGUUAGAUCAAUUAGAGUAAGUCCAGAUGGUAAACAUAUAGCUUCUGGAGAUCGAUCAGGCAAUAUCCGCAUUCACGAUGUAGCAACUUUAGAUGAAUUGUGUCUUAUAGAAGCUCAUGAUGCUGAAGUACUAUGCCUGGAGUAUUCAAAAUAUUCUCGAAAUACAACUGACGGGCCAAGACUUCUGGCUAGUGCUUCAAGAGAUCGAUUAAUCCAUGUUUUUAAUGUAGAUGAAGGAUAUAAUUUUCUCCAAACACUUGAUGAUCAUAGUUCCUCAAUUACUGCAGUAAGAUUUUUCAAAACAACGCAAAGUGAUAAAAUUCAAAUGGUAUCGUGUGGUGCUGAUAAAAGUAUUAUCUUUAGACAAUUGCAAAUGACUCCUGGAGGUUCACCACAAUUUGUGCGAGAUCACAAUGCUCAAGGAAAAACUACUCUAUAUGACAUGGAAGUAGACUCUGGUCAAAAACAUGUUUUAACAGCUUGCCAAGAUCGUAAUAUUAGAGUAUACAAUGUAGCCACUGGGAAACAUAGCAAAACAUUUAAAGGUUCAGUUGGUGAAGACGGCUCUUUAAUAAAAGUCGUUUUAGAUGCAUCAGGAAUAUAUGUUGCAACUUCAUGCACUGACAAGACCUUAUGUGUUUAUGAUUACUAUAGUGGUGAAUGUAUGGCAACAAUGUUAGGCCAUUCAGAACUAGUAACUGGCCUGCGAUUCAGUCCAGAUUGCCGUCACUUGGUAUCAGCUAGUGGUGAUGGUUGUAUUUUUGUUUGGAGUAUACCGCAUGACAUGGUAGUGACAAUGCAAGCUCGAUUAGCUCAACAAGCGAUGCGUGCAGGUAAAAAGCUACAUAAUUUACCAAAUGGACUUGCAGUACAGCUUAACAAUGAAACUUUUGGUCCACCAUCACCGGAAUUUUUCAAUCCAAAUGCCAAUUCAACCAUACAAACUUCAGCUGUUGACUAUCGGUUUAGCGUCGGCCAAUUACCUCAUUGGGCUAAGAAACAAAUCAAUACAAAUACUAAUAUUCAAGAAAAUAUAUCUUCUAGUGUCAGAUCUGUGGGAGUAGAUAUGCCAAAAGGUCGAUGGGCUCAACGUGUUCAACAGACUGAUGGUAUUACAGUUAAAUCUGUCUAUGAUAGUGAUGAGAUUAUUCAUUUUCCUCCUUCAAGAAGUGUCAUCGAUUCUGAUGGUGGAUGUGGUGGUGCUGGAGGAUCUAAAGACAGUUCUAUUGAUAGCGGAACUGAAACAAAAUGCAGUAGUGAUUACAGGCGUGAAACUAUUGUCAUAAAAAAGGAGGAAGAAGAAAACGUAUUUGCACCGUGCCCUGAUAGUUAUAGAGAAUUAACGGAAGAUUUAAAACAGAUGACGGGUGGCAACAUAACAAUAACUAGAGGUAGCAAUAUCACAGAGUUAACUCACCAAUCUAGAAUACGACAUUGCACCGAUGACAGCAGUCUUAGCAGUUUUAAAUUAGAGGAUCACGAGAGUACAGAACAUGACGGCGAUGUCGAAGAUUAUUCUGAGGGAGAAAAUGGAACAACAAGCUCUGAAAAAUCACAUAAUUUAAUGUACUAUCCUCCAAUUGAAGAUACCAUAUCAAAUCAGUUUAAAGUAAAUGCUAUGGAUGUAGAAGAACUUCGAAGAUCUAUGAGAAGAGGAAAAAAAAUUAAAAUUGGAGACAGCAAUCGCAGUGAAUUAACAACAGCAUCAGGCAGUCAAGAUGAUUCAGACUCAGAAGGUGGUGCAUCAACUCCAAGUGCUGAACGCAAUCCAUUAUCUAUACUAUCUGAAGCAAGUUCUGAAGGAUAUGAUCAAGUUUCGAAUCAAACUCAUCGAGAGAAAUAUCUAAAAAAUGCUUUUGAAUCUCUUAGUGGUGCUGAUGAACCUACAAAUAGAAAAAAUACCAGUAUUAGCUCUCAAUUUCAUGGGAGAUUUAGUGGAGGACAAAACCAAGGAAAUAAAACACACCAAACUCAAAAUAUAAACCCAAUAGUGCCAAAAAAUACCAAACUCAGUGCUGAUGUAACUAAAAAUCGUGAAGAAUUACAACGGCGAAUAGAAGAGACGAGAAGAAAAUUACAAAGUGUUGGCUAUAAGUCCUCUUUAAAAUCAAGUCAAAGUAUUUCAGAUCUCAGCAGCCAUCUACCAGAUCGCCAUCAUCGUCAAAGUAGAAUUGGUUCAGGUAAUAAUAAACGUGAGCAGUCAAUAUAUUAUACAAUAACAACUAACCCUUGUAAACCAUUACCAAAUUCUAAGUCCUACUUAAAACCUAAAACUUUUACUAACAACGUUUCUGGUUAUGGGAAUGCUCUUUCAAAUAUUAAAGAUAUAAUCGACAACAAAUGCUUACCCAAAAGUCGAACUACGUCUUGUAUUAAUGAACGAGCUAAAUUGACAGUAAGUCGACCGUUAACAUUAACAUUAGAGAAAACUGAAAAAUUUAAAUUAUCCGUUAAUAAAUGCAAUAAAUCGUUACCGGAAUCGCCUGUUUGUGAAGAAUUGAAAGCGGUAAAAGAAUCAUGGAAAAAAGAAACUAAUAAAUUUAUGACAUUUGCUCAAAAACAACGAUCUUGUAGUUAUUUUAUCGGCUUGAAUGAUAAAUCAGAAGACAUUGAUAAUUUAGCAAAGUCAUUCGAAAGUUUACCUGCAAUGAAUGAACCAUUAUCCGAUAACGAUGAUGAUGAUAAUAAUGAAAAUGGUAAUUUCAGUGAUGAUUCAUUAGAAAGCGAUAUUAAAAAUCCACCUCGUAGAUGCGUUAGUGAAUAUCAAAUAAAUUUAAAUACAGAGAUUAAUAAUGAAAACAAAAACUAUUUGAAUUAUCUGAAAAAAAAUUUUGGUGAUUCUCAAGAAAGUAUUCUUUCUGAUGCCUCUGGAGAAAUAUUUGAUUGUCAAUAUGAUAAUGAUCGACACUCUAGUGCUAGUUUUUUUUUGUCACGACGAAAAAUUCAAACCGCUCAAAGCCAAGAGAGUGUCUUAACUGAUAUUACGGAUGACUAUCAAACCUUUCCAUUGCGUGAAAAUGAAGAUCACAGAAGUACUGAGAGUAUUCUUACCGACGAUUCUGAUUCAUUAGUUAAGUCUGCGCCAUUAGAAAUGCUUUUUGAUUCACAUUAUAAAAGAAAACGUCAGAAUUCCGACACUUAUAAUGCUAAUCCAAAAAAUAAAAUCGAAAAUACUGAAUUUGAAAAACCAUUAAAUACAAAUAUACCUACUAGGGCUGUUUUUCGGUCUAAAUCCUUACAAGAUACAAGACUUAGUGCAAUAAAAUCUCCAAUUAGUUAUACCGAAGAAAAUUUCCGACCAAACCAAACUUGUAUUUACUAUGAAUUUAAUAUCGAUGAUAAAAAGGAAUACUGUUCAAAGGUUCGUAGUUCACCAAGAUUUGAUGGGACAAGAAGUAACAGCUUAAAAGAACCACAUUCAAUGUUAAUUUUUGAUAAUUUUGUUCCUCAUAAGCCGCCUAAACCAAAACGAAAUUUCCCUCGUACCCAAAGCAUGCGGAAUCGUAGUAGGCCUGCUUGGAAUAAAUACAAUUUUGAAAAUCAAUCAUCUCAAGUUAUAAAUACAAAUAGUAAAUCUACUUAUUCGGACAAAGAGGAUGCGGAAUUUAAAAAAAAUACAAAUGAUUUAAAAUUAGAAGAAAGUACUUCUUUGAUUCUUCUUUCACCGACUAAUAAAAUAACAAACCACAAUUUAUUAAAAUGCGCCGAGCCAAAAAAUAAUAUUAGUAUUGUAGAAAAUUUAUCAAACGAUUCAAAUAAAACUAAGAAAAAUAACAAGCAAACAACUAAAUUAGCCGAAAAUUGUUGGCAUGAAGAAUUAGAUGUUGAUAGCGGCUUUGAAAAUCAUAUUCCUACAAAAGAUACAUUUGAAACUUAUGAUUCAUUAGAACCUAAUGGAACAUCUUCUUAUGAAGCAUCUACAUCUGAUUCUCAGAUUCAGGAUACAAAUCGUGAAGAAGAAAAAAAUUAUGACAAUAGCACUGUUGACAGAAUCAGCCGUGCCAUUGAAGGAACUGUAAAACUUUUAUCAAAAGAAUUUGAAAAUUUAGUUAAAAGAGAGCAACAGCAGUUAAUUAAAGAAAAACAAGUUUGGCAGACACAUCGAUCAAAUUCAACUGGAAAUUUUUUAGAAUUACAAUCAGAAAAAGAUAAAAACUCUAUUUUCAAAAAAGAAACUCGGCCAAGCUCAGGAGGUGAGGAUAGUGAUUGUACAGUAGAUAAAUCCUUGGUGGAAAGUGGCUCCUCGACUCCUGGAUCAAGCUGUACAAAUUCUCCAAAACGAAUUUGGCCACCUGCGUCUCGGUGUCAGUUGAAGUGGAUUAAAGCACUACCAACAAUCAGUCAAGAUAUCCUACCUUCUAAGCAACACUUAUCAGAUGAAAUCGAAGACAAAGGUAUGCGACGUGCUUGUUCCUUGAGUGAUCUCUCCGUCAGUCCGCCAAAUAGGUUACUGCAUGGUCCAAUACAAGUUUCAGGUAAAUUAAGUAUUAAAAAUUCUAAUAUAUCAUCGAGGAAUGGAACUGGUACUCAUACAAAUAGUGGAUUACCGUCAAGAUAUACCUCUAGUAAAUCUCAUUCAACCUACAUGACUCGAAGUAGCAGUGUAGGCGUUUUAAACCAACAUAGUGAUUCAGAAUCGGAUGCUGGAAUAGCUUCAAGUGGUAGAAAUUUCACAAAUUCAACGACAAACAAUCGAAUAAGUGGAUUGAUGAGACCUACAAUUAGUUCACAGAAUAAAAUAAAUCAUCAAACUAAACCACAUUCUUCUUCAAGUAGUAAUUUACCCAUGGUUUUGAGAAGACGUGGAAUGCAAUCUGCUUAUUCAAGUGUCAAUCUAAGUCAAGUUGGUAAUCAAGAAGAUUCUAGUUCAGAGGAUACUUCUUCAAAUGGUAAUGGCGGGAAGCCAACAUUACCACCCAGACCUCGAAGUAUUAACAUCGAUCUCUCAGCAAACUUUAAUUCUGUUGGAUCAUCAAUCAGACGGUCAGGGUCAAAUACUACAAUAUCAACUACUCGGCUAAUAAAUAAUGCAAGUGGUCAAAUGAGGCUCUCUAGUCGUAAUCAAUUGGAUCAAAAUCCUCAAAAACCUUCUGCUAAAGAAAUGAAUGUAGCUAAUGCUGAACUAAACUCAGACAGAAAAUUAGUAUCCCCUCAAUUAUGUAAUACAAUUGCCGAUGAAUUGACGAGAACUGCAGAUAAUGUAGUUCAAUUGUAUAAACGACUAGCGAUGGAUAGUUCUGCAAAUUCUGUGCUUGAACCUAUUGAUAGAGAUACAAUGCUUCGAGGUUUAGAGUCAUCAGUCAAUGAAGCGAUGCAAACACUUCGUCUUGUUGCAGCUAGCACAACUAACAAAGAAACUACUGACAAUGAUCCUUCAGUUGUUAAUGAAGCAACUGAAACAUUUAAAGAAUUAUUGGCAGGCCAAGAUCAGGGAAAAGUUGUUAAUAUAAUGCAACAAUAUUCGGAAAUGCUAUUGAGUAUGAUGCAACAAAGAAUGAGUGGUACACAACCAAAUCACGCCUAGAGCAUAUAUAAGCAACAAUAUAUUUUAAAAUUUUAGUAAUAAUAAUAUCGAGAGAACAUUUAAACUGCCACAAAAACUUAAUUAUGUAAAUUAGUUUGUGGUUUUAACUAUUGCUCUCUUGCCAAUAAUUAAAUUAAAUAAAUUUCCCUAAGCUUGUUUAUCAAUCUAACGAUACCGUGUCAUUGUCAUUAAUAAAAAUAUUUAUCGUUUUUUAUUAUUCAUUAAUAAAAUACUAUUUUUGAGCCAUAUUGGAAAUAAUGCAAUUGUAACAUUGUACAAGUCAAUACUUAAAUAAUAUGUCAAGAUUAGCGAAGAAAAUAUUAUAAUAUUCAUUAUUCGUUUUUACGUCAUAUUCAUUAACCAUUAAUGAUUUUUUUUUUCAUCACAGUUUGGAUUCAUUUGAUAUUAAAUAGAAAAUAAUUUUAAUUCUCCACUUACUUUAUUAAUUAAGCAAAUUCAAAUGACGAUAAAAAUAGAAAAGUCGAAUUAAUUUACCGCUGUAGUAUAUAUCUAUAAUAUAAUAUGUACAUGAAUAUCGGGAAAAAAUAUAAUAAUAUUAUUUGUGUUAAAUAAUAAGUAAGUAAAUACGAUAAAACUAGUAACAGGCUCUAUGCCAACAAAUGCCAAUAACUAAAGACUCGUAGUAUUAAUAAAAUUUUGUGUAUCACCUGUGUUAUAUACUAUAACGGUAAUAAUAUUUUCGUCUGUUAUAUAACCAAAGGCAAUACUGUUUAUAAUUUACUUAAAACAUACAUUAUCAUUGAUAUGCUAGAAAUUAAACAUUUAACUUUUACUAAUUUAAUCGAAUUUAUUUAUUUGGAAAUGAGAUAUUGAGAAAUACUUAAGGAUAUUGAUUUUUUUUAGCCAUUUAUUAAAAAUAAUUUAUGUAAAUACUAUCAAUCAAGAAAAUAAGUUUUUUUUUAUACAUAUUUUAUUUUAUCAUAUAAUAUAACGAUUAGAAAAAAAAUAAUAAUAAUAAUAAUUUUUAGGUUAAAUCUCUUCUUGUAAUGAAAUUAUAUAUAUAUUUUGAUGUAAACUUUUAUCGGAUAGGAAUUGAUGCAUAUAGACAUUUUUAAUGCAAAUAUUUCAAUUAAUAUAACUUUAUAAAUAAAGUAAAAUUGAUAAUGAUGAGAAAAAAUGUAGAAAAAAUUGCUAUGGUAUAGUCGUUUUUUUUUUUUUAUAUACAUUCGCCAAUUUAAUGGAUUUAAA